AUGAACGCAAUGAUGCAUAAGCCUGGGGGAGGAAAUAGCUCACCAGGGAACCAUAAGUCGGAUGAAGGAAAAGCAUCACAUGUUGGAAAUCAAUCAGAAGGAUGGAAACAGUAUAAGUAUGAGUUUGUGGAAUGCCUGUUGAACAAGAGUAAUGAGCUUAACACUUGCGCGCUGGACAUAGGAGGAACUUUGAUAAAGGUUGCUUACCUAAGUGACCACUACAUAAGUGAUGAACGACCUGGCACGCGGAAGAAUACCGAAUUCUUAAGUAUCAAGAUUAGAGAAGGCCAAAAUUUGUAUGUACACUUUUUCAAUAUAAAUGAACUUAAUGAGGCGUUAACCUUUUUAAAUGAAAAUGGAUUGGUGAGACAAAAAAUAUUUUUAACAGGUGGGGGGGCUCACAAGUUCUACUUUUACAUAAUUAACCAGAUCAUCAAACAUGAAAUUAUUUCUCGGGGGAUUGUCUCAGAGGAGUGUCCUCUGUGGGUUUCCAAGAGGUACCACUGCGAAAAGUUACGUACUCUGUCGGUGCAGCUGCAAUUAAGGGGGAGUACUCAUCCUGAUGACCAUAGCCACGAAGGGGUUCCCUUCGACAAAUCCCUGUUGGACUCUUUCCCCACCUGCGAAACCGUUCGCGUAUAUUUGGUGCACCCAAACGGGGAAGAACAACCGAAGGGAGGUUCUAUUUCCACACAGAUAAAUUACGAGCAGGUGGAUAAAGCGAGGGAUGAGGAAUAUAAUUGCCCCGAAAAAUUGUUCCAAGGGGAUUUAAUUCUACAGUGCAGUAGGAAAGACGAAAUGCACUGCGUAAUGAAUGGGCUAUACAAACUAUUUGGUGUAAAAAAGAGUAUCGUAAGAUACGAUUUAUUUUUAAAAACGCAAGUUCCUGUUCAAGUGAAAUGUCCCUAUGAGCCAUUCAUUAUUGCAAACAUAGGAUCGGGUAUUUCCAUUCUAUUGUCCAAUGGAUUAAAUAAGUAUAAGAGGAUCGGUGGAACAGCCAUAGGGGGGGGGACCCUCCUGGGGCUGGCUCAAAUUAUUUUAGGGAAGGUAUCGUUUGAAGAGCUUAUUAACUUUGCAGCACCCUGGGAGGGGAUAUCCUCUCGAUGGUUACAACCUCCCCAGUUCGAUCUACACCUGAGGCAUAUGCGAAAAGACGCAGCGGGCACUGGUGCUCCUGCACAUGGAGAAGACGCGUUGACAGCGAGCUUCGGAUUCAUGGGCAAUAUUGUAAAAACAAAAAAUGCUGAAGACACGAAAUCACUUGGACAGGCUGUAGCCAGGAGCCUCAUCAACAUGGUAUCGUACAAUAUAGGCUACUUGGUUCAUCUCCUUGCACGUAUCCACGGUGUGCGAAGAAUAUUAUUUUCGGGAAAAUACAUAAGUAACCACGAUUGUAUCAUGGAAUCUCUUACCUUGGGGGUGUACUACUAUUAUAUGUACUUCCAUACCAACGGGGGGGGAGGAAACGAUAGUUUUAUGGGCAAGCCAAUUGAAGAGGGAAGUGCUAUUAGUGGAAUACAUAGCUCCUACGGGAAAAGUGGAACUCGUGUGAAACCCUCCUAUCAGCAGUAUCCUUUUCGGAAAUUGGAACGCAACUACGAAGAAGCUGCUCGCAGGGACACACUCCCCGAAGUUUUGUUCCUCAAGCACGACGGGUUUUUAGGAGCCAUCGGGUGCUUUUUCUCCUAA